AUGGCGCUAUAUAGAGGAAAGGAAAUACCAGAAGAUGCGGUUGUACUUGACGAACUAGAGGCUACCAAGUAUAUUUGGAAUGUAGUGUCGGAUUGGGAGCACACAGCGGAUGUAUGGGCCCUGCGAUAUGCCUCUUAUAUACUUGGAGGAGUCAGUGCAGUAUCAGGCAUAAUGAUAAACAGAUUCUAUAGAGGGAAACUCAAACUGGGUACAUAUGGUUACUUUGCUUCUGUGCUUCCUAUCUCUGCUAUGCCUGCACUGUUGACAGCUAUGUUUCAUAGACAUUUGGUAUCAACAGAUAUGCUGUUGAUGAAGAGAGAAACUUGUCCAAUAUGUUACGAACUCAGAUCAGGUGCCAUACAAGCUGGUUUAGGAAUAGGAUACCCGAUGGUAUUAGGACCACUAUCUGCUUUAAUGUUAGCCAACCGUUAUAACACAGCAAGAAUACCAGAACUUGUUCACGGUCCAAGAGUUAUGUUCAAGUUCCUUAGAAAAAUUACCAAACCUUUUAUUGGAACCCUCACAUUCCUGGCAGUGAGCCAACUGUUCAUAUCAUCAGCAUUGACGUAUUUCGAAAUGAGGAACAUCUACUUACUGAGGAUGAAAAUUAUGGAAAUUGAAGCAAAGCACACUGCUGAUAAUAGUUAA